AUGGCAACUCGAAGGUUCCUGAACCUUGAACGGCGGCUCGAUAAGCAACCAGAGCUGAAACAACAGUAUUGUGAUUUUAUCGAUGAAUACGAACGGCUUGGCCACCUGCGAGUGGUUGAGAUUGACAAAACUGAGAAACCGGGGUCUGUGUUCUACUUGCCGCAUCAUUGCAUAUUGAAACCGACGAGUACGACAACAAAGUUGAGAGUUGUAUUUGACGAUGCGCUAGAAAUAGGACCAGUAGUUCAACGUGAUUUGGUAUCCAUUUUGGUGAAUUUCCGUGGAUUCCGAUAUGUUUUCACGGUCGACGUCCCGAUGAUGUUUCGGCAAAUCGGCGUUCUGCGUGCCGAUAGGAAGUAUCAGCUGUUUCUGUAUAGAAAGCAGCGUGAUGAAUUAUUGACUGUAAGGGAGCUUCAGACUGUGACUUACGGGUUGACAUCGUCUCCGUUCCAAGCUACGAUGGUGUUGAACCAGAUUGCGGAAGACUAUCAAAAAGAUUUCCCCGAAGCAGCGCGUGCGAUCAAGAAGGGCGCUGAUAUUUUGGCGGGAGCGGAUUCAGUACCGGAAGUUUGCAAGCUACAGCAGGAUGUUAAUUAUAUUCUAGCUAAAGGCUGUUUUGGAGUGCACAAAUGGUGUUCGAAUGCCGAAGAAAUUAUGAAUUGCAUUCCUGAAGAGCUUCGAGGAGUCACUUUCGAAGUUAUCGGAGACAACUCGAACGCUGUUGUAAAGACUUUGGGCGUAGUGUGGAACCCAAGAAAGGAUUGGUUUUCGUAUUGCGUUACUGAAGGCGAUCCGGGAGCUUCUACUAGAAGAAAGAUUCUGAGCGAGGUGGCAAAAAUAUUUUAA